AUGCAGGACGUCAAGAGACCCCUCUCGCCCUCCCACUACGCGGACCCACUCAGCUGUGCACCAUCGCCACCCCCCUGCCAGGUCUCCGCUGCAAGGAGGGCGGGCACCAAGACCAAGGCCACGCGAACGAGAGCUUCAUGCGAACGAGACCCGGCCCCGCGCAAGAAGCCAAAGCUGGCGCCGACGGCCACGACUACGCCUGCAGAGUUUGCAACCGCCGCCGUCGGUAUAAAGCCCCGAAGGGCCCAACAGCAGCAGCCGCCGCCGCAGACGCGGACAUGCCGACCCGACCCGGACUGCUUCGACCCCAUCCCCGGAACCGGGACCCUUGCGCCCGUUUGGGGGGGUGGCCACGACCCUGCGGCGCUGGAAGGUGCCGACGACGAGGUGGUCAUGGAGGAGGGAGUCGUCGCUCACCCGCCGCAGAGCGAGAGACUGACUCUCGCCGACCAGUGCGAGCCGAUGGUUCGCAGAUGGACGAGGCUCGAACCCCUGCCGAGCGAAGACGGCGACCUCCUCGAUUACGAGAGGGAGGAACAGUUCGUCGUGUUGUUGGCUGCACGACCCACGGCCCCGCAGGCAGGUGCCGAAGCGGCCGUUCGCGUGCGGGACGAACAGUUCGCGGCUCUGGCGAGGCGGACGGCUGAAGAGGAUCUUAGCAACGCGGUGGAGGAGGCGCUGACACUCGCCAAUUGGGCCAGCGGCGAGCUUCUUGCCCUGAGCGAGCUGACCGGGUGCCUUGCUGGCAUGCCUUCCGAGGAUUUGGACCCGAGUGAACGGACGAAGGCCACCAAGAACUUGGCCGCCCAAAUCGUGGCGCUGCUGCAGAAAGGUCCCACGACACGAUCACACAUCAGCUCGUGCUUUUCCAUCAACAGACGCCGCACGUCCACCAUAUUGUCCGUCCUCAAGGGCGUGGGACUAAUCGAAGAGGUCCGGCUCCCGAGUUCGAAGGAAAAGCUCAUCGUUCUCAACCAGAAGCAGAUGGCCAUCUGUAGCGACUUGCCAAAGUAUGUAACGAUGCUGCACCAGCUCAAGGUCAUGCGCGUGCGGCUGCUGCUCCACCUUCGUUCCCUUGAUGGGGAGACCUCGCCUUCCGACGAUAUUCCGCCCGCGCGCCCGUCCCAGUACGACAACCCCAUCGAGAUACUCGAUCUCCCAUACUCGGCGGCGGCGCACGCGACACGGCCGCGCUCACCGGUCGAUACCGCGAUGACGCUCGAGCCAACCCUUCCCAGAGCGUCGCCGCCGCAGCAGCCCACGGAUAUUGACGCCGCCGCUGCUGGCGCUGGUGCCGCAUCGGCGGUCGUCGACGAGUUCGAAGGGGAACAGGGCGAUGCCCUGGGCUCCUACGUCUCUUUCCUGCUCGGGGCGAUGCAAGUGCAGCCGGAGGCCCCGCAGCCUCGAGUCGCAGGGUGCGACGAAGUCGUCACGCGUGAGCCCCUCGACAUAGAAUACGCCAUCGCUGCGAUCUACGACGACCUGCUCGACCAACAGCAGCCCAACCACCCUCCCUGGCUAUCGAAUCAAGGGAACGCCAACCCCUACGCCAACGACUUGGAUCUGAACGAGGGCGAUUUCGCCUACAUCAGUCACCUCAGCCACAACGACGCAGCGCGCGUGCUGGACUUGAACGAGUACGACGACGGCUACGAUGUCGAAGGCGACGAUGACAUGCCACCGGCGAGCGCCUACGAUCGCGGAGCCGCGGCUCAACCGAUGCACAGGCUCGGUGCCGACGCAUCCGCUGGCGGGGCGUGGCCGGUCGGGAACACGGGCGAGCUGGACCAGCUGUUCUGCGAGGAGCAGAUGACCCUGUUGACCACCGAGACCUUCGAGGACGUACUCCUGCCCGACGAAGAGAGCCCCCAGUUCGACUGA